UGAUUCCACAGGAAGUGGUCAUUAAGGUUACGUGCUGAGCUGCAACUGAAAGUCAUUUACCGGCGUAAAGGAAGCGUAAGGCGGGCACGGAUUGCCGCACGUUUCGUUAUUCUGUAUAAUGCAUAUGAGAGAAGCGACAUUUUCAAAUUAAAGCGUAUUCUAUUCGUAUCUAGCAAACCAGUUAUUACUCAUUUCUUUGGGUUUAGCUAUGUAAUAUUAAACGUUAGCGAUACCGGAUAGCACGUAGAAGAGUUGUCAUCCAGAUGAGAACCGUAAUUAUAGUCCGUUUUCGUAUUUGUAAUGAAACCCUUAAAAUAAGGAUAUCUUAGUCUUUGCGUAGGACGUGUUUCACACCAGAAAACUUAAAUUUGUUCGGUAUCUGUGUAGCUUUUUUACAUUAAGUUAAAAGAGGUUAGUUUCAGUUAAUAUAGGUAGUGCUCUUCAGUCAAAGGGGGUGUUUUUUCUGGUCGUCAUGUUACGACACGGUUUGCGGGUGACUAGAAUAUUUUGUCAAACCGUGCUACAGUCCGUUUCCGCUCGUCCCCUCGGCAGCGCCAUCCUGCGGCUGAUUCCCAGGACAGCCCUGCUUCCUUGGCUCAGCUCUCGCGCUGUGUCGGUGUCGGAAUGGUCAUUGCUCUCCUCUCCACCCCGUGACUACAGCCUGCCCAACCCUUCCUGGAGCACGGAGAUGCAGAGGCUGUAUGAGUAUUACAGCAGCCUUUGCGAGAACGAGAUGGAGGGUGGCGAGAAGAAGGCAGGAGGGUGGGGGAGACUUCCCAGCUAUAAUCGCACACUCAAAUACGCAGCAGGCGGGAAGUGUCUCAGUAAGAUGCUGAAGGAGAAGGCCCGCCUCUUCACCCGGAACACAGAAGAGCAGGGUGCAGCCUUUGAGUAUGUCGUCUUCAUGAACAAGUCGGAAAAGCGCUGUGUCUGCAUCUUCCAAGCAGGCCAUCUUCUGGAAGGCCCUCCUGGGAAUGUCCACGGUGGUGCUAUAGCCACCAUCAUCGAUACUUCGUUGGGUACCCUCGCUGGAUACCUCUCUGGAAUAGUCAUGACAGCCAACCUCAGUAUCAACUACUGCAGUCCCAUCCCCCUAGGCAGCGUGGUGCUGAUUAACUCUGUCCUCGAUAAGGUCGAGGGGAGAAAGACCUUUGUCUCUUGCCAAGUGACCAGUUCAGAUGGUUCCAAACUGCACACAGAGGCUACGGGCUUGUUUAUAUCCAUCAAUGUAGGACAUCUAUUUGGGGGGUAAUGGCAUGACCUCAGGCGCAGCCGCUAUGCCACUAACAAGCAGCAAAGCACUAAUGACCUGCGACAUCUCCAGACCCGCUGAGCUCUUUAUCAAUAUCUGCUGUGUUAUAGCUGCCCGGUUUUUUUCUUUUUUUUUUUUUUAAAGGUUGCCACCAUGAACAAAAAUAGAAACGGCAGAGGGUGUUUAUCCCUAUUUUUAUUUGUGUUAAUUUAUUUUAAUUUAUUUAAACUUUGGUGGAGACUUUGUCAGAGAAAUUUUAAUAACUAGCCCAAAAUAUGUGAUCUCUGCUGGCUCCAUCAAUAAAAUACACUUUGAUUCAGAGGGCUAUACAGACUCUAGUUGUAUUGUUACAUGCUGGUAUUAUCUAAAAACAAUAUUUAAAUAAUAUUAACUUUUACGUUUUACUUGCAUGUUCUUUUGAAGUGUUUAUAAUAUUUUUAUAAGUAUUCAGUGGUCUAACAUAUGUUUAUAUUUGUAAUAUGGUUUUGCAGUAUGCAUCAUAAUUCAUACUUGCAAGAGAUCUGGAAAUACAUGGUUUUACUUUAAUAAGCCUGGAGUAUGUACUUCAUUCAUGAUGCAUUUUCAUGUUUUCGGAGUAGAAAUGUAAACUUAGUAGACGGUGUUGCACAGAAACACUCAAAUAACAAAUGUAAAAGUUUACCCAAGCGAUGCUUUGGGAAAAUGCAUCACAGACUAGAUGUACUUAGAUUUAAUUCAUCUGUUCAUUUGCUUUUAAAUACUAAUUCCACAUCCAGUUUCGUAUUCAGUUUUCCCAAUUUUCAUCUAUUCAGGGCUGAUGCUAACUCACCUGUGAACAUAGCUAAGUUAACGUUUACUGAAGAUAGUGUCCAUGUUUAUGGUGUAUGAUUUUACAGUGUUGAAUUUUGCACAUUUUAACCUCAGAAUAUUCACCUUUUAUGUUUUUUUCUUCUAACAUGACACAGAUGGAUUAGUUGAAGGCACAGUGGUGAUGCUCGAUACAUAUCAGAUACACUUUUGCACCCAGUAUAACUUUGGACGGCCAUAAGGGGUGGGGUGACCAUAAUGGUGGAGACUGCAACCCUUCGACACCAAGUCUUGUGCCUGGGCAGUUUCCAAAGAAUGAACGCAUCACCGGAUGCACGCAGCUUUAUCUGUUUGGGAUGAUAUUAUUCUUAUCAUGUGGAAACAGGACAUGUGCCCUUACAAGGACUGAGGGAAAAAUGUGCAACUCAAACAGUGAAAUGCAAAGAUAGACAAAAGGGAUGAUGCUCACAAAGUAAAAGGAUGUGACUCCUCCAGC